AUGGGCCAAAUAGCAGCUGCUCGAUCUCUAUUCGCAACCCUCUUUGAGCCCAGUAUUCGUUUGUUGAAUUACACUCUAAAAGAGCUUUCCCAUGAAAGGUUAUUUGAGAAAAUUCUUGAUUUGUAUUUCCUCCUCCGGCUUUCCAAUGCGAAAGCUGAUAAUUUCACUUACCCAUUUGUGCUCAAGGCUUGUUCUGCUCUCCGUGCCUCCGAUGAAGGGAAAUUGGUCCACAACCAGAUUGCUAAAUCCGGUUUUGUUCACAAUAUUGUUGUGGCGAAUUCCCUCAUUGACUUGUAUUCGAAAAUUGGGUCUCUUGAAUCUGCUCACGAAGUGUUCGAUGAAAUGCUGACACGGAAUGUGAUUUCUUGGAAUUGUAUGAUUUCUGGGUGUGUGAACAAUGGUUUCCUUGGUGCUGCGUUGGAGCUUUGCAGUUUGAUGGAGUUUGAAGGGAUGAGGAUAGAUGAAGUGACCUUGAGGACCAUUCUCCCGUCCUGCGGUCUGGUAGGUGCAUUGUUUCUUGGAGAAUCACUUCAUGCUCGAGCAAUUGUAUUGGGAUUUUCCCCUGAGGAUACAGUAGUUCUAACUUCCAUCAUGGACAUGUAUGCAAAAUGUGGGAUUAUGGAUGAUGCUCAAAAACUCUUUAUAGGGACUCCGCACAAAGAUGCAGUGACGUGGAAUGUGCUGAUCGGUGGGUAUUCCCAGAAGGGCCAGCUUGACGUGGUUCUCAAGUUAUUCCGCAAGAUGCAAGCUGAGAAUGUGAAGCCGACGAUAGUUACUCUGUUGAUUUCUCUACAAACUUGUGCAGAUAUAGGAAGCUUGCAAACAGGGGAAACCAUGCACAGCUAUAUAACAAAGAUUGGGAUUAAUUCUGAUGCUUCUGUAGAAGCACUUCUAAUAAAACUCUAUUCAAAGUGUGGGAAACUGGACAUGGCUUCUAGCGUAUUUCGCACAAUCACUUGUCAAAAUGUAAAUUCAUGGAGUGCUAUAAUUUAUGGACUAGGAAUGCAUGGAUUUGGAGAGGCUGCCUUGAUGAGUUUCUUUAACAUGUUAAAAAGGGGCAUUGAUCCUGACAGUGUUUGUUUCCUUCUAGUUUUAUCUUCUUGUAGCCAUCUUGGAUUGGUGCACGAGGGCUACAAAGUUUUCAACUAUAUGGUAAGGCAGUUUGGGAUCAAACUUGAGAUGAAGCACUAUGCGACUAUGAUUGAUCUAAUUGGAAGAGCAGGCUUCAUGGAGGAAGCAUUUGAGUUUAUUGAACAGAUGCCAAAAGAACCAGAUAUCAGUGCAUGGGGUGCACUUUUGGGUGCAUGUAAGAUGCAUGGUGAUUUCAAGGUGGGACAUUUGGAGAAGAGAGUAGCUCAAUUACAUCCAAGAACAGCUGGAUACCGGAAACUCUUGCUUGGCAUUUAUGCAAGCAAAGGAAGAUGGGAUGAAGUUUUCACCAUAAGAAGUUUGAUAAGCAAGAAAGGAGUGCAACGACUUGUAGGACACAGUUUGGUUGAAGUUAAUGGCUAA